GGCCACCAUUUCAAGUGGCCAAUCAGGUAGAUUUGAUUGUAUUGGUCAUAAGCACAUACCUACCAAGUUUCAUGCUUGUAUCAUAAUUUGCACGAUUCUUGCCAAAUUGGCCUUGUAGCCGCUCUACUAAGACAGUUAAGAGAGAGUUUGUGUGGGUGUGAGCAUCAGUAUAAAUUCCUGAACAUGCACAUGGGGUAUUCUAUAGCGUUGAAAGCUCCACAUAGCCUCCUGAUUAGAGUAUGUCUAUUUCACAUGUGUCUCGUGGUGGAUUGCUGUGAAGAAUUAUGAGGAAGUUAUAUAAACUUAUAUAAACUAGGCCUAAAUCAUACCACAAUUAAUGCUAUGAUUUCAGAUCAGGUUCAGUUAUGUUUACUUCAAGUUGCAAGUAGAUUUUCAAAGAUUUAUAAACAUAGGCCUAUAUGAUCCGUGGAACGCUUUGCAGUGCUAUGUUCUAUUUGCUCUAUUUAGCAGGAAUUAUAUGUUCUCAUUCACAUGAAAAAAUAUAAAAAUCCGUCAUCCAUUUUUUAGGACGGCACAGUAAAUGGGUUAUUGUUGCAUAUUUUGAUUUUCAAUUGAGCAGUUACGGUUUUCUGUUCAGAAGUAAAAAAAUGAAAUGAUGCGUCAAUUUUCUAAUUUCCCUUUUUUGAGCUUUUGAUUGGACUGAACCGAGCACCGAAGGAGAAAACCAUCUAGCCUGGCCCAGCUAGAGAGCGCCGCCUGAAGUUGUGCGUGAUUUUGACUCAUUACUUUAGAGAUUAAUAACUAAAACUUCGCCGAUUUUUGGGAGAUGGCACGUUAAACAUAACUGUAUGUUGAACAUAUCUACAGUAUAUUUGAAUACCAUGGCCAUGCCAUACCAUAGCAAAUAAUUCCCCAAAGCAGAAUGCUUUGCCAUCGACGUCAGUCUAGGCUACUGUAUACAGCCUACCCCAAGCACUGUUUGACAUGGUAAAUUUUUGCUUAUUUACGCUAGACUAGGUUUCAUUAGGCUAAACAAAGACACAACAGGCCUAAUUUAUCAGUUUAUCCAUUUAUUAAUUUCAACAGCAUAUAGCCUACAUUGCUAUAGGCUACUACGGCUCAAGUCCAUGGAUUAUGUAGGUCUCCAAAGCCUCCAUGAACAUUCUACACACGUACUCAUAAGUGUCAGGAUGCAGCAAUGUCUGCAUCUGAAGUUCUGAUCUCGAGCUGACAUUAUCAAUCGCUUGGCACCUUGAUGUACCUUGAUGCAAGCUGAACUGUGUUUGAUAGCCCUCCAUCUCUACAUCCGCUGAUAAAAUGUGAUCACCAACACCGCGCGCCAAUAUGUAUCAGGUCACCCCCCUAGUGGUUCACCACAACAAAAACGGUAAAAAAGGCAAAAAUCCAUUAACUGAAUUUUACUUUUGUUUCCAAUCCAGUUUCUGUUUUUUUCUUUAUCUUGUGUGACUAAUGACACAUUUAGAAAAUAGCAGCAAUUAUCUAUUUGCUGAACAGUUAAAAAAAUAUGAAAAUUAUUGAACACAUUUUUUAUUUGGAUCAGAUGGAUGGAGCAAAUAGAACAAAGCACUGCAAAGCGUUACACGGACCAUGGCUUAUACAUUGUAUUCUGAUUUCAUUAAAUCUGUUGAGUCUGCCCAGCAGACUGCCGAUUUCAACAAAUCUGUCGUGUUCAGUUCAGGCUCUACAGAAUGCAGCACUGUGGAGGUAGAAGAAUGUACAAGAAAAGCAUGAGUUUAUGGUCCAAAAAUACAUAUAGUGUGCUUGAAAUAGCCAUGCCAGUUUGCUUCAUUCAUAUCUAAAAGAGUCCCACAAAAAGUCCUCUGAAGGUCUCUGAACAAUCCGUUUUGUCGUAGAGGAAUUCAUCAUCAGUGAAUCAUCACUCAUGGAUGUUCUGUAUCCGUUCAAAAGGCCAACAGCAUGUGCAGACUCAUUUACCCAACAUAAUUUUAUUUUACACAAUACCAGGGAAGCAGUUUGUGAAUUGCUAACACCUCAAUUGAAUACAAACAGAAACUGUGUCAUCACAGGAGCACUUUCUAUUGAACCACAGGAAGUUAAUGUUCACUAAUGGGGAUGUAUGUCGUUUUUCAAAAUGCUAUCAAUACCACACAGUUUCGAGCCACAUUUUAAAAGAGACUGAACCUUUCUAAUCAGUAGGCCUAAUUGAGGGCACAGUGCAUUGUGAAUAGGCCUACAACCAAAACAAAUUAGAUCAUUUUCAGCCAUGUGAGUAAAUCACAGUGCACAUAUUACUAAUGCAGUUUUGAAACAGUGCAUAUAAUCAGUAAUCCAUAUUGGUUCUUUCAACUCAGUACAAUUAAUUGCGUUAAUUUGAUUAAAAGCAUUUAAAUCUGAGUAGGCUAUAAUAAUAUUCUUACAUUAUUAUAUUUUAUUCUUGACAUAACAUAUAUGCUGCUAGGAUAAUUAUAGAUAUUUCACCAUAUGAAAAAGGUAACUGUCAUAAUAUGAAUGGUGAAGUUAUCCUUUUAAUAUAGCCUCACUACAAAUAAUUAAUUGAGCUAUGUGGCCCACAUCAUAGAACUGCAGCUGGUAAACCUACUUCCCUAGAGGAUUGUGGGGUGCAUUUUAGUGCCCAAAAAUCAAUGGCACACAAUCAAUGUCUCCAUGUUGAAGUGCUUUCCCGUUUCAGUGCAGUUCAGUCCGUGCCACAUGGAACAAUUCACAAAGAGGGUCAGAGUGAGACAGACACACAUAGACAAACACAAUAUAGGAGCUAAAGGUCCUUUGAAGCUCAGUUGUUCAGUGGUGUUUGAAGGCAACAGUGUGUAGGAUUUACCCAUCACGCCAAGGGGGAAAUGACAGACUUCACUGAAGAAGAUUUAGACCACUUCCUGCUAAAUCAGGUGGACCUGAGGCAUCGGCUGGUGUCCAAAACAGUGGAAGAGGUCCAGAAGAUAAUGAAGGACCUCACGUCUGAAGUCAGUAAUAAGGAUGCUCGUUUCCUCUCCAUUGCAAACUCUGGAGUUCAUAACAAUGACAACGUGAAAGAUCAACCAGCAUUAUUGUCUAAAUGGACAGCUCUACUGCGAGGAAAAUAUGCCUUCAACCCUGCAAUUCAGGUUCUGACACCCACGCUGUUCCUGAUCUCGGUUCCGGUGAAGGGACUGAUGGGAUACAAGGAGCGUCGGACGCGCCAGUGGCGAUACUACUCGCUGACGGGCUCGCGGCUGCUCUCGCCCGUGCGCGAGCCCGAGAAGCUGCACCAGUGGCUGGAGCUGGAGAGCUUCGCCAAUGCCUCGCAAGAGUGGCAGGACGCCGCCGUUGCCAUCGAGGGCGACAUCGUGCCCUCCAAGGUGGCCACCGUCUUCAGGGAGCAGCUGGAGGAGGCCAUCAAGAGCUGCUCGCUCACAGGGAAAGUCAGCAUCCUGGAGUCGGUGGGUUCGGUGGUGCGGGUUGCUGUGGAGACGUCGGAGAUGCAGGUGGAGGCGGAGCUGGUGCCCACCGUGGAGCUGAUGAAUUGCUGGCCCAAGAAGGGCCGCUGGCCCCGCCUGCUCAAAAGAUGGCCGUCUGCCGAGAGAGCCCGCUGCAUAAAGUCUUUUGGCUUUAACCUGAUGGCCACAUCAAACUACCACUGGCUUUUGUCCUUCUCGCGGGCGGAGCAAGUGCUGUUGGGAAGCAUCGAUGAAGAUGGAGGCUGCCGCCGGAAGUGUUAUCGAGUUGUCCGGCAACUCAAAGAGGAUGUGUGGUGUCCUGGCAACAAGCCUGUCAUCACAACCUAUCACUUGCAGACACUGCUGUUCUGGACGUGUGAGAAGUACCCCGGGGCUCGCGACUGGAGGAACCUGCGGGAGAGCGUCCUGCAGCUGGCCAGGAAGCUGCUCAAGUGCGCCACCCAGCGCUACCUGCGCCACUACUUCGUGCGCUCGCACAACCUGCUCAAGUACACCAACACCAACGAGCUGGACGACAUGGCCAAGAAGAUCGCAGAGUUCCUGGAAAACCCAGGGACCUACAUACACUGAG